CUCUACCACUACAGUCCUCACAACCAUGGCAUGACACAAUGCCCAUUUGUAUCGAAUGCUCCUACCCCGUCUCCCACCUGUACAGCACCUAUAGCCGAGCAGAUGACCGUUCACUGGGCAAAGGGGUGCGAUUGACCCAAUGUCCGCGCUGCAAGCGGUUUGCCGACAAAUAUGUCGAGUAUGACUAUGUCGUGGUGUUUAUCGAUCUGGUCCUGAUCAAACCACAAGUGUAUCGCCAUCUUCUCUUCAAUCGGCUCGGAAGAGAUGACGACAAGUACGAUCGCUCAAUCAUUCGCCUAGGCAUCCUCCUCCUUCUCUUCGACGUCUACCUGACUUGGGCACGCAUCGAAAGAUCGCCGUCCAUCUCGGCCACAUUUCUCUCCGACACACCUAUCAUCGUACAAUACUUGUUCUUCCUGAGUCUCAACGCUCUUUCUACUGUCGCACAUCAUAUCACAGUCCGGCUAUUGGCGUCGAUUCUUGUCCCGAGCUGUCACCGCUCGAAUUCCACUGGUAGCAACAUUGGCGGCAAUGGCGACAAUAACACCGGUAGCAGCGGUUGUGGAAGCUCCACUGAGCUAUCUGUUCCAUCCACUCCCUUUUCCCCGUUAUUUGUCUCUCUGUCGUCGUCUUCUGUGAAUAUUCAGGUGCCGGAACAGCAGUCUAGUGGAUCCGGGUCUCCUAGACUCACGCCGAAUGGAUCUCAUCACGAGAUGAAUAACAACCCCGGAGGAACCUCCUCAGGUCCCGACACGAGCCUAGAGACUGGCCACGGAAGCGAUACCUCUUCCAUUUCAAACCCUACCAUCCUACCUCCCCAGCGGCGCUCUUCGGCCCUCCAGACCUUACCGCCUCCAGCCCCAGCAAGCCCGACAGCCAUCUCCACCGCCCUACUUAUAAGCAGUUUCCCGAAACUCUUCCCUCUUCUCCUCGUCAUCUGGGGCCCAGAUGGCACCAGCAGAAUACCCAAAUCAGGCAGCCAUGAAGUUUCUAGUUCAAUCCUAUCUCCUGCCCUAGGCCAGAAUGCUGCUUAUAGCAUCCCUCUACCAUCCACGUCUUCAGCAGCUAGUAGCAUAUCCGGAUGUUCGUCAUCACAAUCAUCCUUUUACGAUUGGGUCACGAGAACGUCCGCGAGCUACCUCGGGGAUUCGCAGGAGCUCAUCGCGUCCCUCUUGUCGCUUGGGGCGGCAGAUACGCAUCUCGUGCUAUUGAACAACAUCGAAGCACUGUAUAUCUUGUUGGGGUGCGGAUACAUGCGUGCUACAAUGCUGGCGGUCGCAGGCCAUCUCACGCGGUGGUUAGUCCAGAAGGCGGUUUUGAGCAUGAUUGGGUUUAGUUGAAUAUUCGUUCAUUAGAGAAUAUGCGUAUGCACUGUAUCCUAUAACUGUAUGUAGUAAUAGUAUAUUCAAAUUCUAUUUCUAUAAUGCAACUGAAUAAGC